UUUAUUUAAUUGACGCUGGCCCUAUAGCUCUCAGGCUUAUACUAUAUGGGGUUAAACAAUCAGGGCAAAGCGCCACAACCUUUAGGGGAAAAAAUCUAAUUACCCACGAGACCGUUGAAAUAUGGGUACUUUUACCGACUCGUAAAUCUAUGCACGAGACCUACUAAUUUGUAUUCGGGAUUGCACACUGGAACGUUUGACCGUAUUUUUUUUGUAGUUUAUUUCCAUUUACUUGACGUGUGGUUGACAUUUACUUCUUAGUCUAUGACACUGACAGAUGACCACAGUCUUGAAGUUUUUUGUCAGUUGUCAGCUUGUCAAUUGUCAUUGUCAUUGUUCAAGGAAAUAGAAAUAAAUGAAGUCAACAUUUAAAUUAAAUUCAAGUUGAUAUUUUUGCUAAGUAUUUGAUAUUCACAUGGUGUACAAGGAUAAUAAAAUAUAAUUUGUAAUGUGAAUUAUUUCAUUACACUAAGUACAGCAGAUUAUCCGAUAUUAUUAUGACUAAAAAAAAGUAAACAUUGUGAAGAAUUUUAGUCAUAUGAUUUGUUGCUAUUAAUGUAUAAAGAUGUGGGAUAAUAUAAUAGAAUAUUUAAAAGAUCCCCUGCUAGUGGUCAAAGUGCAGAAUUUUUUCGGUGUAAUAUACAAAAAGGCGAGCCAGAAUGAAGAGACUAAAAUUAUAUAUUCGGAUAGACACGACCGGGAAGAUUACGACAUCAAACAGCACAAGAGGAUCCCUAGCGACAGUUCCGGUACUUCGCAAUCUUCCUACGAGACGGACAGCUCAGCGGAGAGCCCGGAGGAGGUGGUGUGCCUGAUCAGCAACAGGUUCUGGUACUAUCUGUUCGUGCUGGGAACUGCAUUGGGCGACGAGAUAUUUUACGCGACGUUCAUACCGUUCUGGUUCUGGAACAUCGACGGCGCAGUCGGUAGGAGGGUUGUGCUUGUGUGGACUGUUGUCAUGUAUAUAGGGCAGGGCUUCAAAGAUAUAAUCCGUUGGCCGCGGCCCGGCUUUCCGGUACAAAAGCUCCAGCAAAAAUGGGCCAUCGAGUACGGCAUGCCGUCCACGCACGCCAUGGUGGGCGUGUCCAUCCCCUUCUCCGUGCUGCUGUACACCAUGGACCGCUACCAGUACCCCGCGCACUGGGGCGCGCUGCUGGCCGUGGCGUGGUGCGCGCUCAUCUGCCUCAGCAGGGUCUACCUCGGCAUGCACAGUGUGCUGGACAUAGCAGCCGGCCUGCUGCUAUCCUCGCUCCUGCUGGUGGUGCUGAUACCGGCGGUGGACCGGCUGGACAGCUUCCUGCUGACCUCGCAGCUGUCGCCGCUGCUGGUGCUCGCCAGCUCCGUGCUCGUCAUAGUGUACCACCCGCAGUCUGACAAGUGGACUCCUACCAGGGGCGACACCACCAUGAUAGUGAGCGUGUGCGCCGGCAUCCUCACCGGCGCGUGGACCAACUACCAGCUCGGCAACAUGGUCGCCAGCAGCGCCGACCCGCCCUACGAGAUCAUCUGGCCCUCCGUCGAGAUGUUCGGCACCUCGCUGCUGAGGACCAUCCUGGGCUUCUGCGGCGUGCUGGCCACCAGGGCGAUCGCCAAGUCGGUGUCGUACGCCUUCGUGUGCGCACUGCUCGGCCGCGACAAGAACGAGCUGCGGAACUCCGCAAACAGCCUCGACAACAAGAACAAGAUCAUCGUGGAGUGCAGCUACAAGUACUUCACGUACGGACUCAUCGGCUUCAACACCACGUACGUGUUCCCCAAUGUGUUCGAGCUGCUGCUCAUCAACAGGCCCACCUACUACACCGAGAUAUAAGCUGUGUGCCGGUUUCUGUGCCAUUUGCGUAUUUCCAAAAAUUUUGUUUGAUGUAAAAUGAUGAUGCAAUGUCUAGGAUCGUGUCGCAAUUUGGAAGAAGAAAUUGUUACUUUACUGUACACUCUUGAAUAGUUUAGUACGCGUCAUCGUACCGGAACGCUAAAAUUCUUGGGGUUUCGUCUUUUAUCUUGGUGUUUGUCAGGUGUGAAUCUUGGUGAACCAACGGGUUUACCAUAAUUUUAGAAAGAAACCUUGAAUAUUUAAUUUAAUAAAUAAACUGUCUAUGCAUGGCAAAUACCAUAUAUUGGUAUAUGAUUUUACUACUAAUAAUGUUGGUAAAAAUUAAGUUUUCAGAGUUACGAAUAUCCUAUUACUUACACAUGUGCUUGGAAAUUUGCAAAUGUACAGAGUUUAUGUAACCGUUACCUCAUUGUAUAUUACUCACUAAAUAGUCAUUAUUUUUAUAAAUAAAUAUCAUUUGCCAGUAACACACACACGUUUACCAGGGAUAUUUGUUUAUUACUAAUUGUCUUGUCUUGUUGCUAUUUGAAAUACAAAACGGCAAAACAGGCAGAUAAUUUUCUAUGGGUCUCUGGAAAGAAUAUUUACUCUAAGCAAAUCACAUUUUGUAUUAUUCAGUAAAAAUCUAUACAUUUAAUUAAAUAAAAUUAAUCAUUCACUUAUAGAAUAGCUUUCUCUGACAAAUUGGUCUAUCUAAUCUAUCUACAAGCAAUUUCUUAACUAAAUGUUAAGAAAUUGCUUGUAGAUAGAUGAUUCAACUUUUACCUGAAGUAUUUUUAUCAUAAAACUAAAAAUAUCCUUAUGCUAAAAAAAUAAAUCUAUCCUAUGAAUUCAUGAAAAUAGACAUUGAACUUAUGGGAUAAUUUUUUUUGAUGGAUAGUUACACUAAGUCUAACUUAACAUUUGUGAAACUUUUUAAUUUCUUGAGUAUUUGCAUAUUAAAGCUAAAUUGAUUGGUUAUAAAGUCGUUGUAUAAAUGUUAAAAAAUGGUGUAGCCUGUCAUAUAGAGCACAAGCCUUUAGCUGUAAUAAAUACACAAGUGCCUUAUAUCUGUAUUGUUUGAGAAAGGAGAUGGUCCAUUUCAUGUCCACUCUUGUACCCCGUAUCAUUAAAAUUUUAAAAAUACAAGGAUUUUAUUGAAAUCUAAUUAUGUGAAUAAAUCUAACUAAAUAAAAAGAAAUAAAUAAAAUUAAAAUCCUAGUAUUUGAGUUAUAUCUACAGCAACUAUGGCAUGACAAUUGACAGCAAACGUGAAAACGACUACUGCGUGAAAAACGUCAUCAAUCCGCCAUUAUUAUCCCUAUCAGUGUUGUAUUUUUUGGAAGAGAAUUAAUAUUAUUUCGAAAGAAUUAAAGUAAAUUUGUAUAUUUGUAUAAUCAAAAAUAGUUUGAAAAAAUAUUUUCUUUUAUUUCCGCUAGGGUACAAUGACUGGACCUGGGCUCCAUGAAUUUUUGCACCAUCUCCUUCGCUGUUAAUAAUUUUAAAAAAAUGUUAAGUAAUUUAAACAUUCCAAUAGUUGUACGAGAUCAAAAUAUUUAUAAUAUUGAUAAAAUAAUAAUUAAUUGUUGUACAUUUUCAUUGUGUCCUUCAACACAGUCUUAUGUAAGUGUAAUCUGAUUGGAAGAGAGUGGUAGUAAGUGUCACAAGUAUCAUACAAAUCGGAUUUUAAAAAACAUUUUAAAAACGGAUUUUAAAAAACUUUUUAUUUUUUGUUUAAAGACUAUACUUCCAAUUGGUCCCAUUUAAUUUUCACGAAAAUUGGUUCAGUCAUUUUGUGUUAAAAUCAAAAUAACUGAAAUAAGUAAACAAAAUUGUCCAUAUUGUGGCGUUUACGAUCACUAUGCUAAUACACACUAAAAACAGAAAAAAUAUAUCUUUUUAACAAAAAAAUUGAACCGAAUUAAAAAAAAGAAAGAAAAGAUGCUUUACUCUAAAAAGCGAAAAAUAACGUCGUACUUAUGUCCUUGCUAUUGAUCGGUUUUAAAUUUUAAAAAAAAAUCAGUAGCCUAUUUGACAUAGCACUGCUUUUAAACCAAUCAAUAGAAAGGUCACGUCGUACGACGUUAUUUUUCGCUUAACAAGUGUUGGGGGAAUCAGACUUUUUUAUCUUACUUUUAAGGGUCAACAGGGCUGUGUAUAUUUAUCUAUACAGAAUACACUUUAUUGAACAAAAUUGGCGGCUAAAUUUAAUGAUCAAAAACUAGUUCUAUGUAGCCUACUCUACUCCUACUAAAACUGCCGUCACAAUUUCAUUAGUGAAGAAUAAAGUGUUUUUAUACAAUC